UAGAUAAAAUAUUAUCUGGAUAUAAGUCUUUUUUAAGAAAAUACAUUAUGAAUUUUUUAAUAAUUAUUGUACAAUAAUAACUAGUAUAUAAUUAAUGUGCAACACUGUUUUGAUCACAAAACCAAAAAAAUAAAAAUCUAAUUAAUUAAUAUUAUAGUAUAUAAUAUAACAGAAUUUUAUUUUUUUUAUCAUGUAUUGUAUUUUUUUUUUAAAUAAAAUGUAUUGAUAAUGAGAACUAAUUUUUCAAAUUAGUUUAUUAGUUUAUUAAUUUAGAAAAUAUAUUUAUUAUAUUUAUUACAUUAUCAUUCAUUUAUCUUGUACUAGUAAAAAAAAGUAGUAAAUAUAAAUUUAUAAAAUAGAUUUUUUAAUUAUAUUUUAAGGUGAGAAAAAUUUAACAGCAAUAAUAUAUAUUAAAUUAUAAAAUGAAUUAUAUUUCUGUGUAUUUGAAUAUAAAAUGAAAGUUGACGUUAUAACGAAGUUUUUUUAUCCAUAAGUAAGGUUAUAGUGAACUAAAACUUAACCUCAUAAUGAAAAAUUUUCUGUGAUUUUUAUAAUUUAUAAAAAAUAAAAUAAUUUUUGUAAUUUUUUAAAAUUACUCUUUUUAAAAAUGUUGCAAUUUAAUGGAACAUUUUCUACUAUUGCAACUAGACUUACUUCUCGAUUUUUGUGGCGAUUAAAUGCAACAUUGAUUACAAAUACAGCUACAGUAACUUCUGAAUCUAAAGUUAACAUUGAGGUUAAUAAUGAUCAAGUAAAAGAGAUGGAAUCACAUGUUACAAUGAAUAAUAUACAAGGUAUGGAAUUUAAUGAAUUAAAAAUAAAUUUAUGCAAAAAUUUAAAUAUAAAACCUAUAAUUAUUACUAAAAUUGAACAAGCACAAACUGUAAAUGAACUACUUGAAAUUAUGAAAAUAUCUUUAAAGUCUCAAGAUGAUAUUUUCAAUGCUCUUAAAACUAUUACGAUAUGGGCAUCUAAAAAUAGUAAAAAUGAUUUAAAUAAUAUAUGUAAAAAAAAUUUUAUACAAACAAAAAAAACAGAAGAAAAUAUUGGACAAAUAAAAAAUUUGAAUAUUAGCACUGAAAAUGAUUUAUCUGCAUAUAGUGACUUAUCAACAUCUCAAAUGAUUAAGGAAAUAAAUAAAUUAGCAUAUAAAGGUGAUAGAAAUAUACAGCUUUUAAAUUUUUUCUUUCAAAAUAUUAUUGAAUAUCAUAAUAUAUUAAGUGCCGGAGCAUGUUCAAAUUUAAUGUUUAAUAUGAAUAAAUUAUCUUAUUCAGAUGAGAGAUUACUUAAAAAAAUUUGUAAAGAUUUUAUAGAGAAUAAAAAAAAUAAAAAAAAUAUUAUAACUGCUGUAACAACAGUUUCUAUAUUAAAAUCUAUGGCACAAGUCAGAUAUAAAAACAAUAAAUUUUUAAAUUUUAUAUGUGAAGAUAUUAUUAAUUCUAAAACUAAUUUAACUGCGAAGCAAAUUACAAGUAUUUUACAUUCAUUUGCAUUAUUAGGUUAUUAUUCUGAUCAUAUAAAUAAAUUAAUAGAGAUAUAUGUAUCAGAUUCACUUAUAAAGAAUCAAAAAUUUGUCUACUCUAUAAAUCUUAUAUGGUCCUUUGCUGUAUUGAAAAUGUUGCAAAACACACAUGCUGAAUAUGUAUUAGAUGAAGAAUUUCUUUCAAAACUAACAUUAAUUGAUGACAAAAGGAUAUUAUCUUAUAAGUUAAAGUUAUUAAAUAUUAAUGGAUAUGCACAAUGUGCACUCAAAAAUUAUUCUGGACCCUUUCUUAAUAAAGAAAUUGUACCAGAUAUUGUAAAUAUACGUUCAAAACAAAAAAAAGCAUAUAUUGAUACACUUGAAUUAACAUUACAAAAUAUGUUACCAUCUCCAUCUUAUUAUAAGAUGAAUAUAAAUACCAAAAUGGGAUUUCUUUUAGAUGCUGAAUUAUGUGUAGAUUUAAACCUUAAUUUUAUUCCUAUCGACAAUCAAGAAAAAAUGUUCAUUAAGAUAGCUUUAAUAUUACUUGAUUAUUAUGAUAUGUGUUUAGGAGAUUCAAAUCAUCAUGGUUUAAUUAAAUUAUAUUCUCAUUUGUUAGAAUGUAAAAAAUAUAAAGUAAUGCAUAUAUCUUACCAAUAUUUUGGUAUAGAAGAUAAACUUGAAAGACGUAUAUCUUAUAUAAAAAAUCAAUUAAAGAAUACUUUUAAAAAAAUAUAAUCAUCAAAUAUGAUUUCAUAUUAUGUAUUACUUGAUAAAUAAAAAAAAUUAAAUUAUAAUUUAUAA